GUCCAUCCCGACGUGCCCGACGCCCAAGUGGAGAGGCAAGCGCCUGCGGCCGCUCCCGUCGCGCUGGGCCGACCUCCCGCCCCAAGUCAAAGAGCCCAUCAUUAAAGAGUUCCAGAUCCCGAGCGACUGCACCAAGUGUUGCUCCGCGUGCCACAACCGCAUCACACGCAAGCUGGGGCCGGAUGCCGAGGAGCCCGUGGACCCGAGCCGCUGGUCCGACGAGGAUCUGGACGCCCUCCGAUCGGCGCUGCGGGAGGUCGGCUGCCAUUGGUCCAAGGUUGCCGAGCGGGUCCCGAGCAAGACCGAGGGGCAGUGCAAGAGCUUCUACUUCAAUUUCAAAAAGAAGUACAAGUUUGACGAGAUCGUGGCGGAGUACCGUAAGGCGCGAGGCAAGGGAGACGGACCCCCACGGUGACGGACGAGGAGGAGAGCGGGUCGUCCACGUCCAGUUGCGACGAGGGCCCCCUGCCGGCCCUGCCCACGGGCCCCGACUCGGACACCACCUCGGCGCCCUCACCUGGCCCCGCGCACCAAACAAUAUCGAUGAGAAGCGCGAGGCGGCGGGCCCCGGCGAAGGCCUGAUGAAGGAGCCGCCGCCGCCCGUGGCGCCGCAGCCCCCCAGCGUGCGCGAGGACUACGACUCGUCGGCCACGGCCAGCGCCGACGAGGGCCAGAGCGGCGCCGGCCGGGACUCGCCCGAGGUGCAGCACAUCCCGCACCCCGGCGAGCGCAAGCCGCAGCACCCGCCCGCCCACGCCAAGCCCUCGCCCACGCCACCCACCAAUAUAGUUCAAAACCCGGAUCCCAGCAACGUGCGGGACCUCAUCUACAUCGCCAUAGAGAAGUCCCUGGAGGACCCGUGCUCCUCGAACGUCAACUCCAAGGACCCCCCCACCAUCGAGUCCAUCCUGAAGGCGUCGAACUUCGGGCGCGGGCAGCCGCCGCAGCCGCUGGCGGCCCCCGCCCGCCGCGACUUCCACCGAGAGCAGCGCCUGCACACGCCCGGCAGGUACAACGACCCCCGCGACGGCCUGCCGCCCAGCGACGCCAGCACCUUCGACACGCAGGACACGCAGUGCGAGGGACUCGAUCUCAGCGUCCGCAAGCGGGACCGGUCGCCGCCCCCGAAGCAGCCGCCCGCGCACCACGCCCACCCGACCCACUUCCACCACCCGCCGCAGCCGCACCAGCCGCACCAGUCCCACCAGCCGCCGCCGCCGCCCGCCGGCCGCCCGCUGUCCCGCGACCUGCCGCUGACGGUGCGUGGCGGCGCCGAGCUGACCAUCACCAACAAGGAGCCGCCCCCGCAGGCGCACUCCAACUCCACCCCGAGCUACAGCAAGCCGCCGAGCCACGAGCCGUGGGCCUACGCCGACCCGCGCAACAAGUCUCCGUCGGCCUUCAUCUCGGACGCGCGCGCGCUGCCGCACCCGGCGUCCUCCAUCAUGACCAACGUGGCGCCCAGCGGAGCGCAGCCCCUGUGUACGCCACGCACGUGCGCCCGCAGCACACGCAGUCCUCCAAGAGCAAGCCCAGCAUGGCGCCGCCGCCGCCGCUGACCGUGCGCAGCCAGCACUCGGCGCAGCAGCCGGUGAGCGUGGCGUCGCGCAUCUCCGUCAAGGCCGAGAAGCCGCUGCACGUGGGCUCCAUCACGCACGGCACGCCCGUCAACCCGCCGCCCAUCGUGUCGGUGCCCAU